AGUGCACUAUUGUAUCACCACUGCAGUGUUUGACAGAUCAUGAAGUUCAAACUUCCCAAUCCUGGCCUGGAGGACAGGAUAUUGUCCUAUGAGCAGCUGGACUCACUGGAGGAGAAAGAGGCUGGGGACAGACCCAAAUGGGACAACAAGACUCAGUACAUGCUGACCUGUGUUGGGUUCUGUGUGGGACUCGGAAAUGUCUGGCGCUUCCCCUACCUGUGUCAGAGUCACGGAGGAGGUGCAUUUAUGAUACCAUUUCUGAUCCUGCUGGUCCUUGAAGGAAUACCUCUCCUGCAUCUCGAGUUUGCCAUAGGACAACGUAUAAGAAGAGGCGGUUUAGGAGUGUGGAGUGCAAUUCAUCCCUAUUUGACUGGCAUUGGUAUUGCAUCCAUGUGUGUAUCCCUGACGAUCAGUCUCUACUACAACACCAUCAUUGCCUGGAUCUUGUGGUACUUCUUUAACUCAUUUCAAGACCCUUUGCCUUGGAGUCAAUGUCCCAUGAAUGCCAAUUCAACAGGCAUUGUCUCAGAGUGUGAGAGGAGCUCCCCUGUGGAUUAUUUCUGGUACAGGGAGACCCUGAACACAACCCCAAAUAUUGAAGACGAUGGCGGUCUGCAGUGGUGGAUACUGCUAUGUCACAUUUGUGCAUGGUCUGUGCUCUAUAUCUGCAUUAUUCGUGGUAUUGAGACCACUGGGAAGGCUGUGUAUGUGACUUCCACCCUUCCCUAUGUGGUGCUGACAAUAUUCCUGAUCAGAGGGUUGACCCUGAAGGGCUCUUUGAAUGGAGUUAAGUUUCUCUUCACACCAGAUUUAGCAGAGCUGGCAAAGCCAUCAACAUGGCUCGAUGCGGGGGCUCAAGUUUUCUAUUCCUUCUCUCUGGCUUUUGGUGGUCUUAUUUCCUUCUCAAGCUACAAUUCAGUGCAUAACAACUGUGAACAGGAUGCGGUGAUCAUCUCUAUAAUCAAUGGUUUCACCUCCGUCUAUGCUGCAACUGUCAUCUACACCAUUAUCGGCUUCAGAGCAACAGAAAGAUUUGACAAUUGUCUUUCAGGAAACAUCCUAGCAUUACUGAAUAUGUUUGAGCUUCCCGAGGGCUACAUCACUGACAGCAACUACGAUCAGGUUGUUCAACGCCUAAAUGAAACAAGCCCCGAGAUUAUUCAACAGCUUGAUCUUCCAACCUGCAACUUGAGAACGUUUCUCAGUGAGGGAGUUGAAGGAACCGGUUUAGCCUUCAUUGUGUUCACUGAGGCUAUCACCAAGAUGCCCCUUUCCCCGCUGUGGUCCGUCCUUUUCUUCAUCAUGCUCUUUUGUCUCGGCCUGUCUUCUAUGUUUGGUAACAUUGAGGGAGUUUUGGUGCCACUGCAAGACCUCAAGGUUUUCCCUAAGUCAUGGCCAAAAGAGGCUAUCACUGGUGUCACCUGCAUGUUCUGUUGUCUGGUGGGUCUGAUAUUUCUCCAAGGCUCAGGGAAUUAUUGGCUUUCACUUUUUGACACCUAUGGAGGAUCCAUCCCUCUGCUGGUGGUUGCAUUCUGCGAGAUGUUCUCAGUCGUGUACAUAUAUGGAAUAGACAGGUUCAAUGAUGAUAUUGAGUUCAUGAUUGGUCACAAACCCAACUUCUUCUGGCAGGCAUCAUGGAGAGUCAUCAGCCCGCUAAUUAUGCUUGUCAUCUUGGUCUUCUACUUCAUCACUAAAGUUUCUGAAAAGAUCCUUUACAAGGCUUGGGAUCCAGAAUCGGAUAAUUUCCCUACACAGGAGGAAAAGCUCUAUCCAUCCUGGAUCUACGUGAUCAUCUUUAUAUUGGCAGGGAUACCAGCUCUUGCUGUGCCUUUAGUUGCUGUCUGGAAAUGUGUAAUGACGAAGAAGAGAGAUAAGUUACAUAUUGAUAAUAUCACUGACCAAAUUCAAAUAAACGAGGAAAUCAAAAAAAUCCCAGCCUAAUAUUCUGGUAAAGCCCACUAUUUUCUCUUUCCCAAAAUAAUGAAUCAACUGCUAUAACGGUUUAAUCGAUGCCAUUCAAAAAUAAGAGACAAAGCUUUUCUGAACAGAACUCCCUGUUUCUUCAGCUACCUGUAACAUCAAGUAAAGCUCUAAUUUCUUUGCUGUGAAUCAGGUGACUAUAUGAAACGCUGUAAAA